AUGGCUUCGGCCGUGUUUGAAGGCACCUCGCUGGUCAACAUGUACGUGCGCGGCUGCUGGGUGAACGGCAUCCGGCGGCUCAUCAUCAGCCGGCGGGGAGACGAGGAGGAAUUUUACGAGAUCCGCACCGAGUGGUCGGACCGCAACAUCCUCUACUUGCACCGCAGCUACUCCGAUCUCGGCCGCCUCUUCAAGCGGCUUCUCGACUCCUUCCCGGAGGACCGUCCCGAGCUGUCCCGCUCCCCAUUGCUCCAAGGGCUCAUUACAAUAAAAGAAGCCCAUGAUAUAGAAGCCAGGCUUAAUGAAGUGGAAAAACUUCUGAAGACUAUUAUAAACAUGCCCUGGAAGUAUUCAAGAUCUGAAGUCGUCCUCACAUUUUUUGAGAGAUCUCCUUUGGACCAAGUCCUAAAAAAUGACAACGUCCAUAAGAUUCAGCCAAGCUUUCAAAGUCCAGUUAAAAUAUCAGAAAUCAUGCGCUCGAAUGGAUUUUGUUUAGCCAACACUGAAACAAUAGUGAUUGACCACAGUAUACCCAAUGGAAAAGAGAAGCACCUGGAAGCAGAUUCGGCAGAACACUUGUUUGAAAGUGUCAGUGACUUUACCUCAGAGCUAGAAGACAGUGAUGAUCCAACAGCUUAUGUCACCAACUUGACAUACUACCACCUGGUCCCGUUUGAGACUGAUAUUCUGGACUGAGUCUGCUUGGAUAUGCACUCAGCCAGCAUUAAGCUGACCUCCUCACCUGUAGGCUUUGCAAUCUCCAGUGCUGCAUCUCUGUGAGUAAGGGUGUGGAGGCAAGACCAGCAGCAAAGCAGCAGCAGCAAGCAUGCCACAAAGCUGGUUUUGUAGCCUGGCCCUCCAUAGCAUGCUGUGGAGACAUCUUGCAAGGAGGUAGCUGCUUUGCUGUUGGCAAGAAAUUCAUUUUCCAUGAAAGCAAAGCAACAGAGGCCUCUUGGGGUCAAUGACAUCUCUGCGAUGUCUGUGGGAAUUGCCACCUGGACAUAGCCACCGGAAAGUUGUGCCCUGGUCCAUUCUCCUUGGCCUUCAGGGCAAGUUCCUUUUCAAGACGCCACCAGAAACUUCCUGAGAUGGUAUGACCACAUAUUUUAUGCCAUGUAAGCAAGAAGGAGAGCAAACCAGCUGCAUUUUGUCAGUUCCCUCUGCAGCUGCUUAAUGGAAUGGUCUUGCAGGUCACUUUUUUCUCAGCUACCAGAUGACUGGUGCCUUACAUGAGAUGUCAGAAACACCACAGAGUGCCUCCAGGAAACAGAUCACAUGAGCUGAUCACACAGUCACAGAAUUAGUGGUUAGAAGGGACCUCUGGCAAUCAUCUAGGCCAAUCCCCCUGCCAGAGCAGAUCAUUUUGCUUCUUUUAAUCAUGGGGGUUUAUAUAAUCACAGAAGACUCAACUCUUCUUUCCUGGAAUAGUGAAGCAGGCAGCAGCUGGCAUUGCAAGGACUAUGUCUGAUGUUUGGGUACUGAUAUGAUUUCAGAGGUCUAGAAAGCUGAUGGGAAAGCUGAGCUGUCCUGCUAAGAAGGGUCAAGACUAUGGCAGGCACUUGGCUAUGAUUUUUGUUUUUACAUGGACCAGCAAACGUGAAUGGUGCUUACAGUUAUUUACAUCAGAGAUAACUUCCUAUGCAUAUUUCUUCCCAGAGGAUGGGGAGGAAGACAAUGAGAUUUAUGUGGUGUUUGGGCUGAAGAAGAAUGAUAAGCUAAAGUGUGUCUCCAGUGGUAGGAACAACACCCUCCCUGUGGCCAGCCUGGCUCAGGGAGUUUCUCCAUCUUCAAAAGAUCUGCCCAUGGGGCCGAGUGCAAGCUUCACUGUCAUGUCAUGCCGUGGCUUUCACUGGAGGUAGGACAAUGGGAGUAAGAGCAGGAUUAGACCCUGCAGCCUCUUGACUACUGAGUAGUGCAAUGUUAAGAUCUCCUUGGGGUGUCUCUUACAAAGUGCUCCAAAAUCCAAGCUCUCCCUGUGAGUGCUCAACACUCACCACCGUGACCUUUCAUUGAGCUUUUUGCCAUCUGUUUGCAAACAGGAGUUUGAAGGGACCAAAAAGGGGAAGUUUUGGACUUGUUUCUUAGUAAAGGGGCUUACUUGGUCCUGAAGAAGCUGAAACAACUCCCUUCUGCAGACUUUUCACAUUUAUCGAUAGAG